AUGGACUACUACCAACUUAUCUUCGCCACUGGCGCUAUAGCACUGGCAAUCUAUUAUUAUCACACGUCGAUCUACAACUAUUGGAAGAAUCGCGGUAUACCUGGACCAAAACCAGGCCCGUUUCUUGGAAACUUUUGGGCUACUGCCACUAGAAAAUACGCGACAGGUACGGUUGUGAAAAAUUGGUACAACGAAUUCAAACACGAACCAGUCUUCGGAAUAUACGAGGGAACAAAACCAGUUCUUGUUAUCAACGACCUGGAACUGGUUAAAGAUGUUCUCAUCAGAGACUUUUCCUCAUUCAUGGACCGAGGAUUUAAAGUGUACGAAAAGCUUAAAGAGAUGUUUCCUCUUGUCGUAGAAUGCGCGGGAAAUUUAGAAAAAUUUCUAGACAGAGUAGCAGACACUGGCGAGCCAGUGGAAUGCCGUGAAAUGUCUGCGAAAUUCACGACCGACGUGAUCGGCAGCUGCGCGUUUGGGGUCAGCAUGAACGCACUUGAGGACGAAAACAGCGAAUUUCGAAGAAUGGGCAGACGAAUUUUCAGUGACUCUAAACUACUAGCUCGGACGGUUUGUAGACAACUUGCGCCAUGGUUAAUUAAAGUGUUAGGCAGAUUUCUACAAUCGGCAGAAAAUUGACCGACUCAUUGCUUACUGCGCAAGCGUUUGUUUUUUUUGUCGCUGGAUUCGAAACCUCGUCGUCGACGAUGGGACAUGCUCUGUACGAAUUAGCACAGAAUCAGGACAUCCAAGAUAAACUACGACAAGAAAUUAGAAACACGUACAAGCAGAAUGGUGGAACACUGACAUACGCAGAUAUCAGAGAAAUGAAAUACUUGGACAAAGUGUUCAAG